AUGAAGUCUUCACAAAAACAUAAACCUCAACUUAUUGCUGUUGUUAUAGGUACAAGAUCGAUAACAAGAGCAGCAGUUGUAGUCCCUGGCACUUUUCAAAGCACAGCUAGCACUAACACACCUCCUGCCGAUUCAACUACUAGAAACACGCCUCUUCCUACCUCAAUCACUAGCAACGAUAUAAUUUCCUCUGAAUCAAGCAAUCUAAACAACAAUCAAGAAAGAGACAACCUAAUAUCAAGCACUGCUCCAAGAUUGACAACACCAAUCCUGAGAACAACAAUAACACAAACAAUGCUAAUGACAUCACCAACAAAACUAUCAAUAAUAUCGCCAAUAGCACCAACUGUAAUGUCACAACUACAGAAAUCGAAUCCAUUCGGAGAGUUGUCAGCACUAGCGGCGAGGAUCAAAUUGAAAGCUACAAUAAGUGGCGCUCAUAGGCUACUACCACAACAAAAAACAUUGCUCAAUCAAAGCUCGUCAAGCUUGACAAGUACAUGUUUGGGAACAGAGGGAUACUCAAACAUGCGCUAUGAUCUCGGUCGAAGGCGCAAUUCAGCUUGA